AUGCCUAUCAACGAUAAAUCAGGAGUUUCGGGUGGUGUUACAUGGGUCACUAGUACUGUUGGCAAUGGCGUCUCGGGGGUCACAAACACAGUAGGUGGUGUCGUUGGAGCUGUUGGGCGAGGAUUGGGAGAGACUGUAAAUGGAGUUACCGGAAACGCAGGUAAACCAGUAGGCGACGGUAUCAAAGAUAUUGGAGAGGGCAUUGAAGGUGGAGCAGCACGUGUAGCGAAGGGAGUCAAGAAUGCGGGGGAGGGUCAGCAUGGACCUUUGAGAUGA